AUGGCCUACUCUGGACGUGAUUUCUACGGCGGCGCUAUCGCUGGUGCUAUUCCCACAAGUUGGCUCGAUAGCAGCGAUCUCCGCGAAGUUCCCGACCACCAAGAAAUCUACCUCUCUCCGACCACCCUCUCCAACUUCAUUCUAGAGGUCAAUGAAGCUGUUCCCAACAACAAAGCUCUCGCCUACUUAGACCAACAACAACAACAAUCCACCGCCCCAGCCGGCGGCGUCCACGCGAAUAAAGAAACUAUCGACAAAGCCGCCGUCAACUACCACCUUCACGACCUCUGCGACGAAGGCGACACCAUCCAAGCCGUUAUCCCUCCAGCUCCUAUUUCACUCCCACGCUUCACGCCAGAACAAGCGCGCGCAUACAAGGGCGUGGCCUCGUUUACGACUCCCAAGACGCAGCGGAAGGGCGGUGGUCGCGUUCCGGGGUCUGUGGACGGAUCCGCGGCAACAACGACGAUGGGUGCUAGUAACGGUGUCGGGGGAACGGAUGCGCCACAGAUUUCGCGGCUGAGCUGUCACUAUCUGCUUGUGCGGUUGGAGAAACAGGAGACGGAUUUGUUGGCAUUCAUGAAUGUGCCGCAUGAUGAGUUCGAUGCAAAGGGGGAUCCGAGUGGAUUGUCGAGGGAGGAGGAAAUGGCUGCUGGCUUUAUCGAUAAGCUGGUUGAGACUUUGGAGGUGAAGAAUUGGGGGUUGUUUGGUUGA